GCAAGUUUUUGUCGACAGUUUCGUGCUCAUAUGCGUUUCAAAUGCUCGUAGAGUGAUGAUUUGCAUCAAGACUCAAUAUUUUAAUCUUAAUAGAAUUCUUUUACUCGCGAUUGGCUUAUGGCCCUAUCAUCAAUCAAAAUUCGUUCGUUUUCAGGCAUUCUUAUUUUUUAGCAUUUUAACAAGCUUUAUUAUAUUCCAGCUUACAGCGUUUAUAACUACCAAAUGCACACCUGAAUUUAUCAUCAAAGUGUUGUCUAACAUAAUGGUUUCUACAGCUUAUAUAAUUCAAUACAACUCGUUCUGGAUGAAUACUCAUAAUCUAAAAUGUUUAUUGGAACAACUUCAAAAUGUUUGUAACGAGUUAAAAGAUAAAAAUGAAGUUGCUAUUUUUGAAGAGUAUGGAAACAUCUCGAAAUAUUUGACAACUAUAUCGUUUGCUAUGUGCGGAGCAUUUAAUGCUCUUUUUUUGCCAAUUUGGCCACAGAUUCUUGGUAGUGAUUUACAUAUAAACGUGUCUCAAUCACGCCAAACAAUGCAAAUAGUGACUGAAUAUUUUAUCGAUCAAGAAAAAUAUUUCUAUUUUAUUUUACUACAUAAAAAUGUAGUUAUUUGUAUAGGGGCAACUACGCUGACAGGGACGGGAACAAUGUUUAUAGGAUAUUUUAUAUAUAUAUGUGGAGUGUUUCGAAUUGCUAGUUAUCGCAUAGAACGUGCAAUGACUACUAAAAUACGAGAAAAUAUUAAUAUUGAAAAUCAAACUAUGAUUUAUAAAGACAUAAUUGAUGCUAUCGAAAUCCAUCGCAAAGCUAUAAAAUUUACCGACUUUAUAUCGUCUACCUUUAGCGGCUCUGUCUCCUUAUUAAUAAUAAUUGGUGUGGUUUCUUUAAGCUUGAAUAUUUUUGGAAUUUUUCGAAAUGCAUCGCUUGGAGAUAAGGAAUCAUUUUUGUUAAAUUUUUUAUUUGUACUUGUCAUCCUUAUAUGUAUGUUCGUAGGUAACUAUGCCGGGCAAGAAAUUACAAAUCACAACAAUCACGUAUAUUUCGCAGCAUACAAUAGCCGGUGGUAUAUAGCACCAUUACACGCACAAAAGCUGAUAUUCUUUAUACUGUUAAGAGGAGGCAAAAGUGUAAACGUUAAUAUCGGUGGACUGAUUGUGGCAUCCUUAGAGUGUUUCACCAAUCUAACAAAAACAUCUAUGUCUUACUUUACCGUCAUGUCUUCUAUGCAAGAAUAAUGCGAAGAUAUAAUACUUAUAUAAAGAAAUUGGCUAGAUAAAGCGGUUAUGAUUUACUUUUUACAUUUGAAAAAAUAAAAUAUAUGAUAUAGACAAAUAAACGAAUU